UUUAAAUCUCUUUUUGUCUUUUGGUCUAUCUUCUUCUUCUCUCUAUCUCAGACAUUGAAAGGGUAUCGUAGAGAUAUGGAAUUGCUUUAUCUCCUCUGUUCGAUCCUCUACUCUUCACUCACUUCGUUCUUACUCUCUCUUCUCCUCCCAUUUCGCUUCCUUCUCCACCGUCUCUUCCCCUCACGCUUCGCCGUAGAUCCCAAUGUCUCUUUCUACCAAGGCACCGUAUGGCACGACCGUCUCCGUCCUGUACGCCACUCGUUCCGUUACUCUGUUCGUUACGCUCUCUUCGACCUCGAUGAAGCUAUCACCACGCCUCCGGAUCAUCUCUCCGCCGAUGAAGCUCGCCGUGUUUCUCGCACCACCGGGCCUAUUUAUCUAUUGACAAUACCACCAAGCGUUGGUUAUGAACAAAACCCAUUGAGUUUGUAUUACUGCUACGACUUGGAUGGGUCGAGUAAGCGCUUGACUAAAUGCAUUGCUCAGGUUACAAAUACGCCAUGGGGGGAACGAGUGACAUUUGUAUUCGAACCUGAAUCUGACUUGGUUGCUAAAUCAUUACAAGUCAGUCCUUUCAUGGAUAUGCUUGGGAACUGGAAAAUCAGAGCUAAUGAACCUGGAGAGGAGUUAUCUGUCUCCAUUGAAUCGAAGCAUCCUCAUCUCGGUAACUAUUUCUCUGCCACAUUAAAGGCGAAAAGAAUACCGACAACACUAGUGUCUGAUCCUGCACUUUUCUUCUGGUUGAUGCCUCAUAAGGUUGCGGUAUGGAUCUAUUGGCAUGCACUUAAACUGUGGUGGAAGAAUGUACCUUUUAUCCAACACCCGAGAUACUCGAACCCAUCAUACAGAGAGGAUUCAGAGAAACGUGAUCAAGAACUUCGUUGCCGUGGGUUAGAUGGGUCAAAUGCGGACAAUUGUAGUAGUAGUUUUGGAGGAUGUCGCUUUGCGUGGCGAGAUGCUAAUUGGCCUUGGUCAUGAAUACAUACAUACACACACACACACACACUCUUAAGGUAUUCAUUAAAACACACCAUUCCUUUUCAUUUGCCUAGUUUGUGUGUUUACUCUUUUCUGGAAAUGUUCAAAACACUGAAUUCACACUAAGCUGCUCUUUACACCAACUCUAUUCAUACCUGAAAAUGACAACAAAUUAUGUUCUUUCACACCCUGUUUUUUGGUUUCUAACUUUGCUAAUGAGUCAGAUUCUUUUCAGGCUAUAUAUGGUUUUAGAGAUUGUUCAGUGGAAUCACCAAAUUUCUCCUUUGAUUUAGGGGCUAGCAGAUCAUCAGAGAUUGGAAUUUACGAUCAUUCAUCGAAUGGUAGGAUUGGUUUUGAAAAUCUCUAGUUUCAAGUUUGAGUUGACUUGUUUAGACUUUGGUUUUUCUAAAACAAUUGAGAACCUUGUUGAUAGAUAGAAACUAAACGUUGCAUUAUUCAUUGAUUUGUUUGUGAUACUUCUUCCCAUCUCCUAAAAUCCUAAUCUUUAUGUGUUUACAAUCUGAGAAUAAAUCUGCACUUUAAAGUAUAUCGAUGGUUUUACUUUAACCAUAUCGAUUAUGAUAAUCUUUUA